CGCCUGGUCAGUCUGGUGCCUGAGCAGGACGCCGCACAGUUCAGUGGAAUCUCUGCGGCCCUGAUACAGUCGUCUGAGACUGGGGAUGAUGACAUUUCGGGUGCACCUGCGACCCCUGGGGCCGGCCUCUCUGCUCUCAUCCUGCCCUGCACCGACCUGCUGGACACUGUUCAUAUUCGGGCUGACAUUCGCUUUGCCAGCCCGGCCACGUCCGAACAGCGGAGGAUAUUUGCAGAAAAGGUAGGUACCCCUCUGUCGGCCACUUUCUGUAAGUGA